AGCGUCACUCUCAUCUUGGACUUUAACCUGUGGCAGUGAAAUUCGAUGCAGCUCUGCAUCUCUCCUUCUCUCUGCUGAAACCGGCCCGUAUGACAUUUAGCUUCACGGUUCUUCAAGGAAAAUCACAAGAAGGACAAAGUUAAAGAAUCUAGAACGACCAAACUCAUCUCGUCAGGGAUGGACGUGGGGAUGUUAGAGAUCCCUGCUGAGCUGUCCGCCAGACUCCGCAGCGGAGCAGGGGGCCAGCUUGGGUCACGUGUUACAGAAGUUGCACCUCCGAAGGUGAAGGCACAACAUAGGCUCAGCCUUCCUCUGGACAUUGAUAGACACCCAUUCUCUCGCUUUGCCAAGUCUACAUUACAGGACACAUGGUCCCAGCCUCAGGGCUACCCACUCCAGAGACCCCUCAUGCCUCUGGAGUCCGAAUACACCAGACCAGCCUUAGAGAUCAACAAGCUGAUCUUACGGUUUUUAGCAGAAUCAGACAUGGGCGGCUGGCAGGAGCAGACCUUAGGCAACUACAUAGUGGAACAGGGCCAGAAGCAUCCGGCUUUGAGAGAUGAGAUCCUGGUCCAGCUUGUUUACCACACGUCAGAAAAAGCUGAGGACCACAACAGCCUGAGGGGAUGGCUGCUGAUGGCCUGCUGCCUGAGCGCCUUCACACCGUCACCAACUCUGGACAAAACUCUGCUCAAGAUGCUGACCACUGAUUUGGACGACUUCAUCCCACCAGCACCUUUGACUCAAGCUCCCAGGUUGCCUGACGGAAACGCCUGGGGAAGAGAUCAUCCACCAGAAAGGCGCAGCAGGCGGAUGGACAACUAUGUUGAUGACCUGUUUGAGCCGGUUUAUGACCAAGCCCCUCCGGAAAUGGAUAGAGUAAACAUGUUUAACCGCAGGAUGAGAGGAAAAGGAGGGAUUGGACCAAUGCAGCGUGGGAUGUAUGGAGGGGGUAUGCCCAUGACAGUGCCAACCUAUCCUAUGGUCAACCCUGCCAUGCCCGGUUAUGGAGCGCCCGCCAUGAUGCCAAAUAUGCCAGCCAUGAUGCCUCAGACUCCUGCUGUCAGUGACCCCAUGCAGAUGGCAGCAGCUCAGCAAGCUCUAAUCAACCAACAGGCCUUACUUAUGGCCCAGCAGAUGACGAUGCAGGCGAUGACGUUGUCUCAGAAGCAGACAGAGGAGCAGCAGAAGAAGGAGGAGCAGCAGAAGAAGGAGCAGCAGAGGAAGGAGCAGCAGAGGAAGAAAGAGGAAGAGGAGAGAGAAGAGAGAGAUCGGCGGUCCAGGCGGAGUUCAAGACGACGCUCCAGAGAACGCCAUCGUUCUCCAACUCCCUCCCCUCCACCUGAGAAGUCCAAAGCAUCUGGGAGUAAAAAAGCCCAGAAGCAGCCAGAAUCAGAGCCAGAGGAGGAAGAGGAGGAGGAGGAGCUGCCAGACCCAGAGGACCUCCAGUCUUUCAGAGAUAAGAGGGAAUUCUUUCAAAAGAUUGGCAGUAAACCCAAAAAGGAAAAAAGAACUCCCAAAAAACAACCAUCUCCUCCAGCAUCAGAGAGGGAAACUAAACAGAAACGUCGUCAACGUUCACCAGUUCCACCAUCCCCACCACCACCAUCCCCACCCCCACCCUCUCCACCACCCCCUCCUGUACCACCGAAGCCUGAAGUACGGCGUCCUCGCAGCCCUCCAAAGAAGGAACCAAAGCCUCCUAAAGAACCUUCUCCACCUCCCAAUGAAGAACCCAAAGCCGAACCAACUUCCAGUAUAAGAGAUAUCAUUAAGCAAUUCAACAGUCGACCACCAGCAGAACCCCAGCCAUUCGAGCCCGUCAGGCCUGUAAAACAGAAAAGAUCAUUCCUUAAGAAGAGUGACCCGAAAGAGGAAGCUCUGGCUAAACUGAAAAACAGAGGCCCGCUGCCACAGCAACAGAAAAAUGUUUCUUCUCCUCCACCACCGCCACCUCCUCCACCAAAGGCCCCCUCUCCUCCGUCCACCAGGGGUCGCAGGGUCAUUUCUCAGGAUAUGCAGCAGAAGCAGCGCCCCCUGGAGGAGCUUUUUGGCCCCCAGCGCUCCCAGAAUCCUCCCCCUCUUCCUCCGGACUCCCCACCGCCUCCUCCAGAAGAAGCCCCCAUCUUCAUGAACAUCCCAGACCCUCCUCCCAUGCUCGCUCCUUCUCUCUAUGACAUGCUUGAUGAUGAGGGCUACAAAUCUCAGCUUCACCGUUUCUCCGCCGGGGUUUUCUUCACUCUCUUCAACAUGCCGGGAAAACUUUUCCUGCGAAAAGAAGUGUUUUAUCCAAAGGAACGUUUCAGCCAGCCUUACGUCCUGAACCUGUUGUGUGAACAAAUCAUGAGAGACACCUAUUCUGACAGCUGUGUGAGAAUUACUGGUGAAGAAAGACAGAAAAUGAAAGACCUGUUUGCAAAUUUCCAUGUGGGCACCAGCAUUAGCACCAUUCAGGAUGACAGCAUGAAGAAGAGAAUCGUCAUCGCUGCUCGGGAUAACUGGAGAAACUACUUCAGUCGACUCUUCCCGCUCACCCCACAAAACGGAGAUGCUGAGAUUCUGGGCGUUUCUCAUCGAGGGAUUCGUCUCCUAAAGGUGGUGAAAGCUUCAGGCAUAAACCCUAAACAUCUGAAACUGCUCCGGAGUUACAGUUUUGCAGAGGUGCUUUCUGUAGACCUUCAGGGCGCAGAUGAAGUAAAACUGGAGCUUAAAACUGAAGAUCUGGUCCUGCAGUCCACCAGAGCUCCUCAGAUCACUGCCAUGAUUGAAGUUUUCCUCAAGGAACUCAUAAAGGACUCAGGCCAUGUAGUUGCUCUGAAGAGUUAUGUGACGGAUGACAAGACUCUCCUGAGCUUCAAGAAGGGGGAUAUCAUUAAGCUGCAGCCCAUGGAUGUCAUUCAGCCUGGGUGGGAAUUUGGCACCACCGGUGGGCGUUCUGGUCUUUUCCCACAGGACUUCACCCAGCCAUGUGCGGCUCCUGAUUACCACAGUCUUCACCUCGACCGAAGAGACGACAGGAGAAAAAGCAUGAGGACAACCAAAACUGAAAGUGUGAAAGGCAAACCUCCAGUUCCUGUCAACAGAUACAUGCUCAGCAUUCCUCCUAUGAGGCGAAAUUUGGAUCCCCCAGCUUCAGCUUCAGCUUCAGAGCAGAGAUCAAUCCAGAUGUCAGAAAAUGGUUCAGAGAGUCAUCGUCAGUCUCCCAUGAUUGAGUUUGCCAGCAAGUACUUCAGAGUUGGGACAGCAGGCAUCACUGGAAAACUCCUCUCCGAAUCAGUUCAACACACACUGGUUCCCAUCCCUGAAUCACUUAUUCUCUAUGAUGAUCCUGAAAUCAAUGGUCUGGCUGUUGAGUGCUUCCAGAACAUGAUGCAGUUUGUGGGCAGCAUUCCAUCACGAGCGUCCCAACCAGAUUUACUUCAUAAUAUCCUGCUGUUGGGGAAAGAAAAAGAAAUACUUAGAGAUGAAAUCUACUGCCAGGCCAUCAAGCAAUCAACCAACAACCCCGACGAAUCAAGCUGUACCCUUGCCUGGCGACUGCUCAACCUCAUAACUGGUUUCUUUCCCUGCUCUGGUCUCCUGCAACUGUUUGUCAUUGAACACCUGCAAGACAUCGCUCAGAGCAACGGCCACCCGUACCAAGAACAAGCAAGUGUUUGUGAGGAUAACCUGCAACGUUCUAUCGCCUUUGGUGGUCGACGCAACAUUCCUUCUCAAGUUGAGAUGCAGGCUGUUUUGAAUGGCAAAACUUCUCAACGUUUGUCCAUCCACUUACCAGGAGGGGUAGAGUUUCCUGUCAAGAUCCGCAGCUUCAGUGUGGCAGUAGACGUGAUGAAAGAGCUGUGUGAAAACAUGGAGAUUCUAGACUUUGCAGAAGUUAGGGAGUUUUCAGUCAUCGCAAGGAGGCUUCAAGAUGGGAUAAUGCGCCCCCUGCGUCCUGAGGAGUACUUGUUUGACUUCUUACUGGACGACGGCUCCAUCUUAUUCUUCUUCAGGAGGGUCCUCUGGGAAAGGCCUCUUUCCUUCAGGAAUGAGCUCUAUGUGGAGUUCCAUUAUCAGCAGGUGCUGGAAGAAUACCUCAGUGGUAAGACGGUGAUCCCUCCUAAUGCUGGAGCGACCGCAGCAGAACUUGCAGCCCUGCAGCAUGUGGCUCUGGGUCACAGCAACCAGCUCUCAGUACAAGAGCUAAAGCAAUACCUCCCAUCACAAGGCAUGCCCAACAUAAACCCUGAAGAAAUCCUGUCAAUCUUCCAUAAUGCGUUAGCCGCCAUGGUGUCUCUCAAUCAACCAGAUGCCAAAAUCCGAUUUAUUGAGACUCUUGGCGCCCUCCCUUUGUUUGGCUCCAAUGUUUUCCUGGCCAAGAAGGUUAGUCAGCGAGGCUGUCCUUCCCCCUGCUUAGUCAGCCUCAACAAGGAGGGAGUGCAUUUCAUUCAUCCUACAACUCAGGAGCGAGUUUUUCUGAUCGCUCUGGGAGAAGUUCAGUCCAUGCGCACCAUCCGUGCUAAGAGGACAGGGAAGCUUCCCUCCGUGGAGAUUCAGUACGGCCUCGCUGGACAGCAGAAGGUUCUGAUUCAUCUCAAGCAGGCUAAAGAAUUGUGCCACAUCCUUGCGAUGGCAGUGGAAGAGCAGAUGAUGCAACAAUGAGUCACCGGUUCCCGUUCAGAUCGCCUGUAG